UUGUUUCAUUAAUUCAGUGAACAUUCCAAAUCUCUCUUUGUUUUAUUUUGUUCUCUUUAAUCUCCUUAAUCUUUAAGAGAGAAGACAAAUAGACAUGGAGAAUGGUCAGGAUCAGGAUAAACAAUCAUCAAGAUCUAAGAAACGUAUAACCAUUCAUGACUAUGUUCAGUCGGGGGAUGUUGAUGGGUUUCAGAAGCUACUUCAGGAGAAUCCAUCUCUUCUCAACGAAAGAAAUGCAAUUAUGUUGGAGACACCCCUUCAUCUUUCUGCUGGUAACAACAAGACAGAAAUACUGAAAUUUCUGCUUGAAUGGAAAGGAGAUGAUAAAAUUGACUUGGAAGCGAAAACUAUGUGUGGAGAAACUCCAUUGCAUUUAGCAGCCAAGAAUGGGUGCAAUGAAGCUGCACGAUUACUUGUUGCUCAUGGUGCUCUUGUUGAAGCUGAAAAUAUUUGUGGAGAAACUCCAUUGCAUUUAGCGGCCAAGCAUGGGUGCAGUGAAGCUGCACGAUUACUUCUUGGUCAUGGUGCUCUUGCUGAAGCUGAAACUGAGUAUGGAGCGACACCGCUAAAACUUUCGGUUUUGCACUCAAUUCGAACUGAAGACUGUUCAAUUGUCAAGACAUUGCUCGAGAAUAAUGCUGAUUAUAAUGCGAAAGAUGAUGAGGGCAUGACUGUUCUAGAUCAUCUUUCAAAAAUCCAAGAAAGUGGAAAGUUGCAUGAUGUAUUUCUCUCUCAUCAAGAAGAGCAACGAAAGAAAAAGGUACUUGAAGCAUGCAGCAAGGAAAAAGAAACGAUGGAUGCCCUUGAUAAAGAGCUAUCAAAUAUUGUGGGUCUGGAUGAACUCAAGACGCAACUUCGGAAAUGGGCAAAGAGCUUUCUUGUGGAUGAGAGGCGCAAGGCCCUUGGACUGAUAGUUGGCACUGAAAGACCUCCUCACAUGAUAUUUCUAGGAAAUCCUGGAACAGGUAAGACAAUGGUGGCUCGAAUCCUUGGAAGACUUCUCCAUAGCGUGGGAAUUUUGCAUACCUCUAAUGUAAAAGAAGUUCAAAGGGCAGAUUUAGUUGGUGAACAUAUUGGUCACACUGGACCAAAGACCAGGGAAAAGAUCAAAGAAGCUGAGGGAGGUAUUCUUUUUGUGGAUGAAGCAUAUCGACUAAUCCCGGGGCAGAGAUGUGAUCGUGACUUUGGGUUAGAGGCCUUAGAAGAGAUCAUGUCUUGUAUGGAAAGUGGAAAAGUUUUAGUCAUAUUUGCUGGCUACAAUGAACCAAUGCAACGUGUAAUAUCUUCUAAUGAAGGUUUUAGCAGAAGGGCUACCAACAUUUUUAAGUUUAAAGAUUUGAGCUGUGAAGAAUUAGCUAAUCUUCUCCAUAUCAAGAUGAGUAAUCAAGCAGAGGAUGACUUGUUAUAUGGGUUCAAAUUACAUUCUUCUUGUAGUGAAAAUGCCAUUGCAGAGCUAAUACAGAAAGAGACAACAGAAGUGCAGCGUAGGAAAAUGAAUGGAGGUCUAGUGGAUAUAAUGCUAAAUAAUGCUAAGGGGAAUUUGGAUUUUAGGAUAACUGAUGAUUGUGUAGAGAGUGAUGAAUUGUUUACGAUCAAAUUAGAGGAUUUUGAAGCAGCUUUGAGAUUGUUACCCAAAUAGCAUCACUAUUAGCGUUUGAAUGUGAUGUAUAAGUUUUUUGGGUUUAUGCGUUGAACUUUUAAUUUUUAUUUGCAGUAACAAUUUUAUGUAUUAGGGAUGAUAAAAAUCUCAACUCUUUUUUGGUCUAGUACUAUUUUACUUUUUCUUUGGCUAUUUUAA